CACAAAUAUGUGAAGAGGUUCAAACUGAUCAAUACAUUUGCAACCAGAGGAGUAAUUUCAGUCUAAAUCAGAAGGAACCAGACCUGGAAAAUAAUAAAAAACCGAAGCAGAAAGGUGAUGACCUUGAUCCAGAACCAAGCAAUGAGAAGCUCCUCUUUGCAGCUGAGAGCCAAGUCACGAAAGAAAAGCAACGCAUCUUAUCUGAGUCGGUGGUAAACGUUCAACUAAAGGUGGACAGGAGACAUUGUAGAGACAGCAAUCUAAGCAGCUCUUCAGGAAAUACCAACAUGAAUGGGAAGUCUUUGUCAUGUAAUGUUUGUGGGAAAAAUUUUAAGUACAAUUCCCAUCUCAAACGUCAUCUCAUGAUCCACUCGGGGGAGAGGCCUUACAGUUGUGAAAGCUGUGGAAAAGGGUUCAGACAAAGCAGUGAUUUGACUGUUCACAUGAGGAUCCACACUGGCGAGACGCCACAUCACUGUAAGGUUUGUGGUAAAGGCUUCUCUGUUACCAGUGUUCUGAAGAUUCACAUGAGGACCCACACGGGUGAGCGUCCGUAUUCUUGCGAGACCUGUGGCAAAAGUUUCACCAGCAGCAGCAGUCUGACCAUCCACCGGAGGUGUCACACAGGGGAGAGGCCCCAUUCCUGCACUAGCUGUGAAAAGGCUUUCAGCUGCAGCAAAGCUUUGACGAUUCACAUGAGAACUCACACGGGCCACAGGCUGUACUUCUGUGAAACAUGCAGCAAAGGCUUCAGCUGUAACCAAAGCCUGAAAAUUCACAUGAGGAUUCACACAGGUGAGAAGCCUUUCACCUGCACCAUCUGCAGAAAAAGCUUCAGGCAUAAAGGAAGCCUGUCUUUGCACAUGAAAGUUCACUCUGGAAAAAAAACAUUUUCCUGUAAACUGUGUGGAAAAGGAUUUUUCAUUGAAAGUAGGCUGACCGACCACAUGAGAAUCCACACGGGCGAGAAGCCAUUUUCUUGUAAAACCUGUCACAAGAGUUUCAGUUGUAACCAAAGUUUGACUGCUCACACUAAAGUGCACUCAAGUGAGCGACCGUACUCCUGCGAAAAGUGUGGAAAAAGGUUUCGUCAUAGUGGCAGUUUGACCUUUCACCUCAAAACUCACUCGGGCCAGAAGCCUUUUUCAUGUGAGGUCUGUGGCAAACACUUCAUUGCAAGCCGUGCUCUGACCGUCCACAUGAGAACCCACACCGGAGAGCGUCCUUUUUCCUGCACGACAUGCAGCAAAAGUUUCUCUUUGAAAUGCAUUUUAAAGGAUCACAUGACAACCCACUCAGGUGAGAGGCCCUUUUCCUGCCAAACGUGUGGCAAAAGUUUCAGUUUGAAGCGCUCUCUGCAGGUCCACGUGAAAACCCACACGGGCGAAAAGCCCUACUUUUGUGAAAUGUGCGGUACAAGGUUUCGCACAAAACACAGCAUUGAUGCUCACAUGAGGAUUCACAGCGGCGAAAGGCCAUUUUCCUGUCAAACGUGUGCUAAAAGCUUUACCAAUAAGUCUAGUUUGACCAUUCACAUGAGGAUGCACACAGACAGCCGGCCGUACCGCUGUACAACCUGUGGGAAGAGUUUCAACAAAACCUAUGCCUUGACUGUCCACAAGAGGACCCACACAGGCGAAAAGCCCUUUCCUUGUGACUUGUGUGGAAAAGCAUUCACCCGCAGCAGCGGUGUGACCAACCACAUGAGAGUCCACACGGGAAGCAGGCCCUUCGUCUGCGGCACGUGCGGCAAAAGCUUCAAAAGUAGCAGCAAUUUGUUAAGCCACAUGCACACACACGCAGCCGACAGGCAGCACUCCUGCAUGACGUGUCAGAAGAGUUUCUCUACUAAAUACCUGCUGACCGUCCACACAAGAAGCCACACAGGUGAAAACCCCUACGUAUGCAACACCUGCGGGAAAAGUUUGAGCUGUGGUAGUAGUUUGAAAGCACACAUGAGAAUCCACACGGAUAACAAGCGGUUUGUGGAAGAUGUGGGAAAGAGUUCAGCACUAAGAGUAGUUUGAACGGCACACACUCAGAAAACACACUCAGACUGGAGUCCUGGAAGGCCUCGAGGCGUUCUUUCUCAUCCAGAGUCUCUCUCAGGGCAAAAUCAUGCACUACAAUUGUACAUCCAGAUUACACAACGCAAGAGGGGGGAAUUUUAAUUCUACAAAUAAAGAGUUUGCUGUGCAGGCUUCUUUCAUAAAAGUUCACCGUCAAUGGCGAUGUGGCAAUGGAGAAACAGAAAGAGCAGACACAACAAUUAAAGUCUUCCCAAUGUUUAUGUAAAAACGUAAUUUGAUUUUGGCUUUUGUUCCUGUCUGUUUUCCUGAUUGGAUCAUAAUCCAUGUAAUCUGUUGUGAAUUGUGCUCGUUAAUCUGUACUGGAAGUUCUGAAUGACACUUUAUCUUGGUUAAUCAUAAUUAAACUGGUUCUAUCUAG